GCAAAGCUUCGCAAACGAUUCUAGUGCAAUUGGGCUAGCGUUUCUCGAUAGUUGCCGUGGACGAGAGACGGCGAUGGAUGACGUAACCAUUCGGAACUCGAUGCGGAAAUCUCUCGCCUCUGCACUUCUAGAAGACUCACAACGACCGUUAAACUCACCACCACAUCGCGCAUCCUAAGCAUCACCCUAAAUAUCUACUAAGAUCUCAACAAUGCGCUCCGUACGUUCGUCUGCCGCGCGCAGAAUCCGCGCAUCUCUCACCGAACCCACCACCACUUCGCCAUUCCGCACGCGACAAAGUGCAACACCGUGCAUGCUCUGCGCACAUCGCAUACCGCCCCAGAAGAUAUCACGGCGGUUCCAAUCUUCAUCUUCCAGCUCCAAUACAGUCGAAAAGCCAUUCGAGACACAGCAAUCCUCCACAGCGCAAUCAUCGCAGGUCCCACAAACACACUACUCCUUCUUCCCCAACUCCUUGCCAAAUGGCCCACCCCCACAAGGCCCCUUCGCCAUCGACCUUUCUGCGCUGAAGAAGGAAUUCCUUCAACUUCAAGCCCGCGCCCAUCCCGAUUUGCAUCCCCAAGCGGAUAAGAAACGAGCCGAAGCCCUCUCAUCACGCAUCAACGAGGCCUAUAAAACACUGCAGAAUCCUCUUUUAAGAGCGCAAUAUCUGCUAUCUUUGCGCGGGAUAGAGGUGGCAGAAGAUGAGACAGCAAAGGUAGACGACCCGGUGCUGUUGAUGGAGGUAUUGGACGCGAGAGAGAGCAUAGAAGAAGCAGAAAGCGAAGAAGAUUUGGUGGCAAUGCGGGAAAGAAAUGAAGAGAGGAUAGCGGAGAGUACGGAGAUAAUCGAUAAGGCGUUUAAGAGGGACGAUCUAGAGGCUGCGAAGAGCGAGGCGGUUAAGUUAAGGUAUUGGGUCAAUAUCAAGGAGAGCAUUGAGAACUGGGAGAAGGGUGUUCCGGUUGUGCUGCAACAUUAGAUGGCUUGGUGAAAGAUACACAGGCUCAUGUACGAUACUACGGCUCGAUAUGCUUAAGGGAUACGGU